UUGACCUACGUGCAAGAUUAUGGAGGCCGGAAUAAUUCUUUCCAUUGUCUUGUAUUUUAUUGUAUAUUUUUUGUCUGUCGAUGCUAAGUUACAAUCUGUAGAAGAAAAGCGUAUUUUACUGGAUGAUCCAGCUGUGAUACUUUCUCAGCUUCAUACCUUGACGAAUGAAGUCCAGUCUCUUCGAUCACAGCUCCAGGACCAAACGGCCGAAAUCAACUCACUCAAACAGUCAAGAUCCACAACUGAAGGCCAGAUUUACAUCGUAUGGGGGAAGAAAGCGUGUCCAGCAUUAAACGGCACGCGCACUAUAUAUAGUGGAAUAUCAGCAGGAAGGCAGUUCACAUAUCACGGAAGCGGAACAAAUACGUUAUGUCUGCCACACAAUCCUGACCCUACUCCUUCUGACUUCCCAACGUCCUACCAAAAUGUAGCUGGUGAAAUAUCCGGUACCAUUUUUGGCGCAGAAUACGAAUUCAACUAUAAAAGCGUUGCCAUUGACGACGAUGUUCCUUGUGCUCUGUGCAUGGCUUCACGCGCCACCUCUGUGACUAUGAUUCCCGCCAAAACUUCGUGUCCUUCUGGUUGGUCCGUUCAGUAUACAGGGGUACUGACUUCCGGUUCUGAUUACAGUGGUCAUACAGGAACAGAAUAUUUGUGUGUCGAUGUCAAUCCAGAGUACUUGACGGAGGGAUCACGACAACAAGAUAAUAAUGGAAGACUAUUCUAUCCCGUGCGAGCUGUGUGUGGAUCAUUGCCUUGUCCACCUUACAAAAACAAGCAAUCCAUCUCUUGUGUGGUCUGUUCUAUAUAG